AUGCAUGUAUUUGAUGAAAUACUAAAUUAUUUGAUUUAUUACAUAUACUUAUUGGAAAUAAUUUAUCUAUCUAUCUAUCUAUCUAUCUAUCUAUCUAUCUAUCUAUCUAUCUAUCUAUCUAUCUAUCUAUGUAAUUGGGCAAUUUUUCUAUUACACUAUCUAUCUAUCUCAAUUCUGUUCUCUAUCUGUCGCAAUUUCUCAACACCUAUCUAUCUAUCUAUCUAUCUAUCUAUCUAUCUAUCUAUCUAUCUAUCUAUCUAUCUAUCUAGAAAAAUGAAGAAAAAUUGUCCUUUAUUUUGUUUCUACAACUGCAUUACCAUUUCCUUGUUUUCUCCCUUUACGGGUUUGCUUUCUCUUUUGCCAAUUGCCACAUCUCUUUUGUGUUUUUAUUUUCCUUUUGGUCUCUUCAUUAAAUCUUGCUACAUUUUUCUUGUUUUCUCCCCCUCUCUCUCUCUUAUUACCCCUUUCUUCUUCUUUUCUUUGUUUUCUCUCUCUACGAAUUUGCUUUCUCUUUUAUGCCAAUUUCCACGUCUCUUUUGUAUUUCUCUUUUCUUUUUGAUCUCUUCAUUAAAUCUUGCUAUAUUUUUCUUGUUUUCUCCUUUCUCUCUCUCUUAUUAUUUCCUGCUUUCUCUUCUUCUUUUCCUUUCAGUAUUUUAUUUCUUCAUUCAUCCUUUUUUCAUUUUUCUAUCGACUUUUUCCCCCAUAUUUCUUUUUUCUACUUUUCUAUUAUUCUCUCCUCUUUUCUGUCUUCAAUGUCGCCAUUAUUUCUAUUCCCUGUCACUUUUCCCCUUCUUCAUCUCCUAUACAUCUUUUUGGCUUCAUUUCACUCCCGCCUUUAUCUAUUUUUCCUCUUUAUUAGCUAUUAGCUCUUGA